AUGGAUACCAAUAUGGAGGAUGUUGGCAGAGCGCCAGAGCCCACUCAACUGUCCCCCGUCUCGGAGCCUACGACGAUACCCACACUCGAUGGAUGGAUCGAGAGCUUGAUGAAGUGCAAGCAACUGGCUGAGGCCGACGUCGAAAGACUCUGCGCAAAGGCUCGAGAUGUUCUAUCGCUGGAGUCGAAUGUGCAGCCCGUGGUAAGCAACCUGGAUCCCUAUCUUGCCUGCGGAGAACUCACAUUUAUACAGAAAUGCCCUGUCACCGUCUGCGGGGAUAUUCAUGGCCAAUUUCACGAUUUGAUGGAGCUGUUUAGAAUUGGUGGUCCCAACCCAGAUACCAACUACCUCUUCAUGGGCGACUAUGUUGAUCGUGGAUACUAUUCCGUUGAGACCGUCACCCUGCUCGUUGCCCUCAAAAUCCGAUACCCCCAAAGAAUCACUAUCCUCCGUGGAAAUCACGAAUCCCGCCAAAUCACGCAAGUCUACGGCUUCUACGAUGAAUGUCUCCGCAAGUAUGGCAACGCCAGCGUAUGGAAGCACUUCACUGACCUCUUCGAUUACCUCCCCUUGACCGCCCUCAUCGACAACCAAAUCUUCUGCCUUCACGGAGGUCUCUCCCCAAGUAUCGAUACCCUCGAUAACAUCAGAGCUCUUGACCGCAUACAAGAAGUACCACAUGAGGGUCCUAUGUGCGAUCUCCUGUGGUCGGAUCCAGAUGACAGAUGCGGAUGGGGAAUAUCGCCCAGAGGAGCGGGGUACACAUUCGGACAGGAUAUCUCGGAGGCAUUCAAUCACAACAACGGCUUGACUCUGGUUGCGCGAGCACACCAGUUGGUUAUGGAGGGUUACAACUGGUCUCAAGAUAGAAACGUCGUCACUAUCUUCUCUGCUCCCAACUACUGUUACAGAUGUGGCAACCAAGCUGCUAUCAUGGAAAUCGACGAGCACCUCAAGUACACCUUCUUGCAAUUCGACCCUUGCCCGAGAGCAGGCGACCCCUUGGUUUCUCGACGAACCCCGGACUACUUCCUCUAG